CAGCGGGGAGAAACUCCACCGAAAAGCCGCCCUCCAUCAACGUCCAAAACUUCUUUCCACUUCCUCACAUUGUGGAACCAAGCCUUUUUGGCAGAUUGUCUCGCUUCUUUGGCAUUCCACAAGCUUAUUUCUGAAUCCUUCCUUUCAUAAUCCACUUCUUCUAUCUUUGCGACUGACUUCAGCGGUUGUAGCUGCGCUCGGCGCAAAACAAACAACAGAACCCCUCCCCCUCCUCUACCUUCGGUCUCUUUCUGUGCAGCCUACUUCUUCGCCGAAUAAAACGCUGACUUCGCAAAAUGGCUGUCGAACUCAAGAAUAAGGGCAACAAGGCCUUUCAAUCGGGAGAUUAUCCCAGUGCCGUAGACUUUUACACCCAGGCUAUUCAACUCAACGACAAGGAGCCUACAUUCUUCACCAACCGAGCUCAAGCAUACAUCAAAACUGAAGCCUACGGUUACGCCAUUGCCGACGCUACAAAGGCCAUUGAGCUCAACCCUAAACUUGUCAAGGCGUACUACCGACGAGGACUGGCCAAGACUGCGAUCCUCCGACCCAAGGACGCCAUUGACGACUUCAAGACAUGUGUGUCUCUCGACCCCAACAACAAAGAUGCCCGACUCAAGCUGGAAGAGUGCAAAAAGAUCGUCCGUCAGCUAGCCUUCUUUGCGGCGAUCGAGGUCGGCGAUGAGCCUUCUGCGGCUGAGGGUCUCGAUCUGGACUCCAUGGUUGUUGAGCCAGGAUAUGAUGGUGUGCGAUUAGGCGACGAGAUGACACAAGAGUUCAUCGACGAUAUGAUGGAACGUUUCAAGACGGGCAAGAAGAUCCACCGGAAAUACGUCUACCAGAUCAUUAUUGCGGUCAAGAAGCUCGUAUACGACGAACCCACCAUGGUUGAGGUCGAGAUUCCUAGCGACGUGAAGCUCACUGUCUGUGGUGACACUCACGGUCAAUACUUCGAUCUUAUGGAGCUGUUCCGCCGUAACGGAACCCCCGACGAGAAGCACUGGUAUCUGUUCAACGGUGAUUUCGUGGAUCGAGGUUCUUGGUCUACUGAGAUCGCGCUGCUCCUCCAUGCUUACAAGUGGCUGCGACCUAACCAGUUCUUCUUGAACCGUGGUAACCACGAAACGGAUGACAUGAACCGUGUCUACGGUUUCGAGGGCGAGUGCAAGGCCAAGUAUAACGAGCGGGUCUUCAAGCUGUUCUCUGAGAGCUUUUCUGCUCUUGCUCUGGCCACUCUCAUUGGCAAGAAGUACCUUGUCCUUCACGGAGGUCUUUUCUCUGAUGACAGCGUCACUCUUGACGAUAUCCGAAAACUCAACCGACACAACCAGCGACAGCCCGGUCAAGCUGGUUUGAUGAUGGAGAUGCUCUGGACCGACCCCCAGGAGGAGAACGGCCGAGGACCCAGCAAGCGUGGCGUCGGUAUGCAGUUCGGUCCCGACAUCACCAAGAAGUUCUGUGAGAAGAACGGCCUUGAGGCUGUUAUUCGAAGUCACGAGGUUCGCAUGGACGGUUAUGAGGUGCAGCACGAUGGCCGCUGUAUUACCGUCUUCUCUGCCCCUCGAUACUGUGACUCAACAGAAAACAGGGGUGCCUACAUCAACAUUGGCCCCGACUACAAACUCCAGUACGAGCAAUUUGAUGCUGUGCCUCAUCCCGACAUCAAGCCUAUGGCAUAUGCGCAAAGCUCUCUCAUGUCUUCUCUGAUGUAGAAAAAACGGAGAGCCUUUAGAAAGCGACACUGGCGGCGAUUUCACAAUGUAUUCAGGUCCUGGGCGUCUGGAAACGGUGCAUUUGCAGGGUAGGCCGAUGG